AUGGAUAGACGGGCCACCGAGCGAAAUCGAGAGGACGAACGAGAUAGGCCAAAGAGAACGCGACGCCCCGUGAUCAUGGGGGCAACCCUUUUGCAUCAUUCAAUCCUCGAGGUCCGGCUGCCAAAACACUUUGACAAGCCAACGGACAUGAGGUAUGAUGGAACUGAGGACCCACAGGAGCAUCUAACGGCCUUUGAGGCCAAGAUGAACCUGGAAAGGGUAGGCGAUGAGGUGAGGUGCCGCGCCUUCCCGGUCACCUUGGCGGGACCCGCAAUUCGGUGGUUUAACGGUCUCCCGGAAGGUUCUAUAGUCAAAUUUUCAAACAUCAGCCGUGCUUUCUUGACCCAGUUUACUACCCGAAUCGCAAAGACAGAACACCCGAUCAAUCUACUCGGGGUGACACAGAGAUCCGGCGAACUGACCAGAAAAUACUUGGACAUGUUCAACGAUGAGUGUUUGGAAAUUUACGACCUGACCGACUUGGUGGCCAGUUUAUGUUUGACGAAUGGACUUCUGAAUGAGGAUUUCAGGAAGCAUCUUACCACCAGGCCCGUGUGGAUGAUGCAAGAAAUCCAAAGCAUGGCUAGAGAAUAUAUCAAUGAUGAAAAAGUCAGUCAAGUGGUGGCGGCCAACAAGCGGCAGCCCACCUUCAACCAACCCCGGCAGCACGGUAGUGGGGAAAGACUGAUGGAGCACGGCAAAGACGGAGGGCCAGCCAAGACCUUCAAGCCAUUUCCCCGAGUCGUGAAGUUUACCAACUAUACCCCCUUCACAGUCUCCAUCAUAAAAAUUUUUCAGCAGAUAGCCAAGAAAGAAAUUCUGUCGAAGCCCCGACCUCUAAAGGACAGAACCGGAGGGAACAAAAACCUCUAUUGUGAUUACCACAAGGGCUAUGGACACAAAACCCAAGAUUUUUUUGACCUAAAGGACGCGCUAGAGCAAGCGAUCUGGGACAGAAAGCUAGCCGAAUUCUCCCACCUCAUUAGGGAGCCAAGGAGACGAGAUCGCGACCGUGACAGAGAUGAUAAGAACCGCUGA